AUGUGGAUGGGUGUGGGAGAUUCUAGUGGCUCGCCAAAACCGAUAAGAAUCGUUGUGGUUGGUGAAAAGGGCAGUGGAAAAUCAAGCUUGAUUAUGGCUGCAGCAAGAAAUACUUUCCAUCCAAACAUCCCUUCUCUGUUACCUUACACCAAUUUACCUUCUGAAUUCUUCCCUGACCGUAUUCCCGCUACUGUUAUCGACACUUCUUCAAGACCGGAAGACAAGGGAAAGGUAGUUAAGGAAGUUAGGCAAGCAGAUGCAAUUGUUUUGACAUUUGCAUUUGAUAGACCGGAGACUCUUGACCGUUUGAGUAAAUACUGGCUUCCUCUGUUUCGACAAUUAGAGGUGAGAGUUCCUAUCAUAGUGGCAGGUUAUGAAGUUGAUAACAAAGAGGCUUAUAAUCACUUCAGCAUUGAACAAAUAACAUCAGCUCUGAUGAAACAAUAUCGAGAGGUCGAGACAUCUAUCCAGUGGUCUGCUCAGAGGCUAGAUCAGGCUAAAGAUGUUCUCUACUAUGCACAAAAAGCGGUUAUUGACCCAGUAGGACCUGUGUUUGAUCAAGAAAACAAUGUACUGAAGCCUCGCUGUAUCGCUGCCUUGAAACGUAUCUUCUUACUCUCUGACCAUAACAUGGAUGGUAUUCUUAGUGACGAGGAGUUAAACGAGCUUCAGAAAAAAUGCUUCGAUACACCAUUGGUGCCUUGUGAAAUUAAACAAAUGAAAAACGUUAUGCAAGUCACGUUUCCACAAGGAGUUAAUGAAAGAGGACUCACAUUGGAUGGUUUCUUGUUUCUAAACACACGUUUAAUCGAAGAAGCAAGAAUCCAAACACUAUGGACUAUGCUCAGGAAAUUCGGGUAUAGUAACGAUCUAAGACUUGGAGAUGAUCUAGUUCCUUAUUCAUCAUUCAAACGCCAAGCUGAUCAGAGUGUUGAGCUAACAAAUGUAGCUAUUGAAUUCUUAAGGGAAGUCUAUGAGUUUUUCGACAGUAACGGUGACAAUAACUUGGAACCUCAUGAAAUGGGAUAUCUCUUUGAAACUGCACCUGAAAGUCCUUGGACUAAACCUCUGUAUAAGGAUGUUACAGAGGAAAAUAUGGAUGGAGGAUUAUCUCUUGAAGCUUUCCUCUCACUGUGGUCAUUGAUGACACUAAUUGAUCCACCUAGGAGUCUGGAAUAUCUGAUGUACAUUAGAUUCCCAUCUGAUGAUCCAUCUUCAGCGGUUCGCGUAACUAGGAAGCGAGUUCUUGAUCGCAAGGAGAAGAAAUCCGAAAGAAAAGUUGUUCAGUGUUUUGUGUUUGGUCCCAAGAAUGCUGGAAAGUCUGCAUUGCUCAAUCAGUUUAUCGGAAGGUCAUACGAUGAUGACAGCAACAACAACAAUGGAUCAACUGAUGAACAUUAUGCUGUAAAUAUGGUUAAAGAACCUGGAGUGAUUUCAGAUACAGAUAAAACUCUGGUGCUAAAGGAAGUUCGAAUUAAAGAUGAUGGAUUCAUGUUAUCAAAAGAAGCAUUGGCUGCUUGUGAUGUAGCAAUCUUCAUCUAUGAUUCUUCUGAUGAGUACUCGUGGAACAGAGCCGUUGACAUGCUUGCUGAGGUUGCAACCAUUGCCAAAGAUUCCGGUUACGUGUUUCCCUGCUUAAUGGUCGCAGCAAAAACUGAUCUCGAUCCAUUCCCAGUGGCAAUUCAAGAAUCAACUAGAGUUACACAAGAUAUAGGGAUUGAUGCUCCAAUACCAAUCAGCUCUAAAUUGGGAGAUGUCAGUAACUUGUUUCGGAAGAUCUUAACCGCGGCAGAGAAUCCCCAUUUGAAUAUUCCAGAGAUUGAGUCAAAGAAGAAAAGGAGUUGCAAGCUAAACAACAGAUCUCUAAUGGCGGUUUCAAUCGGGACAGCGGUUUUGAUCGCCGGGCUGGCUUCUUUCCGUCUCUACACCGCAAGAAAGCAGAGUUAA